AAUAGUUUAUUUUUUUAUGGACCUGGUGGAUUCGCGGACUUGAAUUCUAGGAGAGAUCGGUGCGGCAUGGCGGACAAGCGGAAAUAUAAGAAAAGCAAAGAGGAAAUCCGGCGGGAGAUCGCACGGGAGUUCGAUCUCCCGGAGCGCAAGUCCAAGAUAGCCACCAUACUCAAGCAAGAGGACCAGGCGUACUGCAUCUGCCGCACUUCCGACUCCGACAGGUUCAUGAUCGGCUGCGAUGGCUGUGAGGAGUGGUACCACGGCGACUGCAUCGGGAUCACUGAGAAGGAGGCUAAGCACAUCAAACAGUACUACUGCAGGCGCUGCAAAAAGGAGAAUCCCGAGCUACAGACCAUUUUUCGAUUGGUGGCUACCGAACGGGCAGCCGCCUCGAAUGCCGCCUCCACGAGUCUAAAUGCCCCGGGCUUGGGACCACCUGGUGGAGCGCCUGGUGCUGCGACGGGAGCCCCCUCAACGGCCCACCCGCAGCCACCAACGACGGCACAGCUGAAGCGCAAGAACAGCAAUGCGCGGGAACCGAAGACGGGCAAACGAUGCGGCACCUGCGAGGGAUGCCGGCGUCCCAAUUGCAAUCAGUGCGAUGCCUGCCGUGUCCGCGUUGGCCACAAGCCACGCUGUAUAUUCCGCACCUGCGUGGCCCAGGCGACGACCACGAAGGAGGCGCCACAGAGUCAGGCGGCCCGGAAGCGGGAGAAGGCCGCCCCGAAGGAUCGCAAAGCGAAGGUGGGCAUACGGGCGGUCAGUCCCGAGGUGUACCUCAAUCCGGAGCUGGAGGGCACACGACAGUGCCACGGACCCAGCUGCUGCUGCCAGGCGAGGCCGCAGAGCAAGUAUUGCAGCGACAAGUGCGGCUUUAAUCUAGCCACCAAUCGCAUCUUCCAGGUCCUGCCGCAGCGCUUGCAGGAGUGGAACCUUACACCCUGCCACGCCGCUGAGGAGACCCGCAAACAGCUGGAGAGCAUUCGGCAGAAGCAGUCCCUGGUGCGUUUCGCCCUCGCCGAGCUGGAGAAGCGCUCCGAAGAGCUGAACAUGGUGGUGGAGCGGGCCAAGCGGAGUUCCAUCGAUACAACGAGGCCACACGAUACCGCGGACAUGGAGGAUGAGCAGAGCAUGUACUGCAUCACCUGCGGCCACGAGAUUCACUCGCGCACGGCCAUUAAGCACAUGGAAAAGUGCUUCAACAAAUACGAAUCGCAGGCCAGCUUCGGGAGCAUAUUCCAAACGCGCAUGGAAGGCAACAAUAUGUUUUGUGAUUUCUACAACCCAGCAAGUAAGACGUACUGUAAAAGAUUAAGGGUACUGUGUCCCGAGCACAGCAAGGAUCCAAAGGUGAGCGACACGGAUGUGUGUGGGUCACCCCUGGUGAACAAUGUCUUCAGUCCCACGGGCGAAUUUUGCCGGGCGCCGAAGAAAAAUUGUUUUAAGCACUACGCCUGGGAGAAGAUCCGGCGGGCGGAGAUCGAUUUAGAGCGAGUGCGCCAAUGGCUUAAGAUGGACGAUCUGAUGGAGCAAGAGCGCAUGCUGCGGCAGCAGCUUACCUCGCGCGCUAAUCUACUCGGCCUGAUGCUGCACUCCACCUACAACCAUGAGGUGAUGGACGAGCUGGUCCGCAAACAGCAGGAACAUUUGGCAGAGUUUGAGAAACAGAAGCGCCGGCAGGCGCACCAGCAACAGAUGCAGGCGCAGCAGCAAAUGUUCCAGGAGAAGCAACAGCAAUUGCUACUGCAGCAGCAACAACAGCAGCAAGCCCAACAGGAGGUGCAGGAGCAGAAGGAGAAGCUGCUCCUGCAGGAGGAGCAGGAGGAGGAGCGCAAGGAUAACCAGCAGAGGCGCAUGGCCGAGAAUCUGCGACUGAUGAUGAUGGAGCGCGAGCAGCUGGAGGAGAUGGCCGCCCAGGAGGCGGCAGCCAAGGCCUUCAAUCAAAUCAGCCGGAAGGUGAAGAAGUUCACCCUAAAGAAGAGGGUUGAGGCGGAGGUGGAGCAACAGGAGCAGGAGGAGGACCCGGAUUCGGACUCGGAGGUCUUCUACACCCCGGGACGCAUUCAACACAUGGCUCCGUCGACCACCGGCGGAUGCUAUCGCACGAGGAUCAGCUACCUGGAGGCCGAGAUGGACAAGUGCAAGCGGCAGCUGGUGAACUUCGUGAGGGACAACCAGGACGUGCUCGGCCAUCGGAAGUUGCGCUACCACUUCGAGAAGCUGCAGCCAGAGGAGCACGAGGAGGAUGGCAAACCCUUGCCGGAGGGCAGCGGCGAUCCGGGAUCGCAGUCGUACGAGCUCUUCCGCAUGGAGCAGCGCAAGCAGAAGCAGCUCCAACUGCAGGAGUUCCUCGCCCGCGACGAGACCAAUGAGUACGAUCUGGCCAGCGUCUACAAGGCCAGGAGCUAUCAGUCCUUUGCCCAGGUGGCCAGUGGAUCGUCGCCCUCUCCUUCACCCUCACCAUCGACCUCGUCGCCGGAGGUGGCCAGCGGGAGUCCCGACUCCGAAUCGGAAAUAUCCCUGGACCGCGACUACCCGCACCACCAGUAUGCCAAGUACUUCCCCAACCAUCCGGCCGGCCGACUGCUGGACGAGCCCCGGCGACUCCACGAGCGCCUGGAGGCCCAGCUGCGGGCCUGCCAGAAGCAGCACGACGCCUUGGGACUCCACCACAAGGUGCACCGCCACCAUCACCACCAGGAGGCCGGUGGACCGCGGUACGAUCACAUGCGACUGCGCCAGAACGACAUCCAGGAGGCACACUUCUUUCAGGGAGUCAAAUGAGUCCUUAUCCUGAGUUUUUGGUUCAAUAUAUACGAAUAUGCAUUAGUCAA